AUGUUCUCCUUCAACAAGAUCCUUAACCUCGCUUUCAUCGCACUGAAUGGUGCUCUUAUUGCUGCUGCUGCACCAGCAUCUCAGACCCUCUCUUGCUUCCCUCCUGCUGCGGGGAACUACUCUUUUGAGAGCGUGGCAUUUCCUGGAGAGCUUGUAGGUGUCGGUCAAGGAUUUGUACCGGUUAUCGAAAAGGCACCCCCUCAAGGCAAUCUUGGAGUUUGGACUCUCACCACGGCUGACCAGGGAGGUUACCACAUCAUGAACGUUGAGCUCAUGGAAACUGUCACGACAGUUCAUCUCGUUGAAUCGAACUUGUUCCUCCCAACUGUUUCUUCGGCCCCAGCAACAACCUACGCCAUAGAAUGCGCGGGUGCCAAUGGGCCGCAAUAUGUUAUUAAGGCUGUCGAUGAUGAUCUGCUUUGGGAAACUAUUCCCGGAACACGAGACGGUGACGCUCAGCAGGGAGUUGCCAAUGUGGAAAUGCAUCCCGCUGACGGAUCCGACGAGCAACGCUUCCUUCUUCAUGCACUUUAG